AUUGGUUACACAGGUUAUAUUGUGAACACUUGGAGGCUGCUAUCUAUUGAGACAUCAAAAGGACUCAGUUCCCAAUAGAAAGGUGUUUUUGAAUAAAGAAAAGAAUUUGGUCCUUAUCUGCCUACCCUGUUUUUAUCCUCAGUCAGGAGAGGGCAAGCAAACAUAUUUUAGACAUCUCUCUGACUGAAGGAAAUCAACACAGGAUUAUAAAGUCACACGAAAUCGAAGUCUGAUGUCAGUGAUGUAUAGAUUGGUGUUACAGACAUCUGUCACAGUGUCCGGUGUUAGUACGUGUCGUCACAUUAGCCACGUGUCAACAGAACGGGUCUGGAUCAGUGAUAAUAAAGGCAAUCUCAUCUUAACUAACACGACAGGAGUUACACUAGAUCAAGUGACAGAUUUAUAUCAAUAUAGUGGUGUUGGAUUACAUACUGUGACUCGGGAUAGUGCUGUGAUUUAUAUAGACAGACACCGUAACAUCAUAAAACUGUCUAAAGAUAAAGUAAAGACCACAGUGAUACCACACACAGCACCAUGGAGACCAUACAGUGUCUACAGCUCCCCCUCCACUGGAGACCUGCUGGUCGGGAUGUUUAAUACUGAUACAAGGACAGGCCAGGUAAACCGUUACACUAACACAGGACGACACAUACAGACCAUACAGCAUGACAACACAGGUCAGGGACUCUAUAGUUUACCUAGAUACAUCACAGAGAACCGCAGUGGAGAUGUUAUUGUGUCUGACAUUAACCGUGGUGUAGUGGUGACAGACAGAGGAGGAAGACAUCGCUUCUCCUACAGAGGUCCUACAUCAGGAUCAUUUCUAGGACCACGUGGAAUCUGUACUGACGCGCUGUCACACAUCCUGGUGUGUGAUUUUAACACCGACACAGUACAUAUCAUUGACCAGGACGGUCUGUUUCUGACUCAGAUAGAGACCAAACAGCACGGGAUAGACACACCAUGGGGCCUGAGUUAUGAUUAUAAAACACAGCUUCUCUGGGUUGGAUCAUGGAACAACAACACAGUAAACAUUUACAGACUUAUCAAUGAAGGGGACGAUCUAACUGAUAAAGUUGAUGAGUUAAAGACGUUCUUGAGAAAAGAGAAGACAACGGUUUCCCAUGCCAGAGGAAUACUUGUUGGAUGUGCCGAGGCUGGAAAAACAACGCUACUGAAGAGAUUAAGAGGGCAAAGUCAAAAUAUAGGUGAAGUUACAGAGUCCACCAGGGGACUGGAAGUCCAUCAACAUCUUUUCAUUGUUAAAGACAGAGAGUUAGAAGACUUGAGGCAUAAGACUGAUGACGACAGUAUAGAUGAGUUGAUGGGUAAACCUUACUUAAGCCCCACCACAAGAGCAAGUAAUGUGAAAGGAGCUAUGGGUGGAUACGAGGAACACAAGACCCAAGAUUAUGAUUUCUAUGUUCCUGGAACCAAAGAUAUUUGGGACAGAGGCGAUGUUUACACCACACCAAAGUCGGCAUACUCAGGAGUGUCACUGGGACAGAAAACCUAUGCCGUACCAAGUACACCAUUAGGUGCAGCGUUACCAGUGAAGAAAAACAGUGGUUAUUUUCCUAGUACUAACACAUUAGGUAAAACUGUUAUGAAGCCUGCGACAUUUGAUGGUACCGGGUCCUGGAUUGAUUACAAAGCUCAUUUCGAGGCAUGCAGUAGCAUCAACCUGUGGAAUGAUAGACAAAAAGGCUUGUACCUGGCAGCAUCAUUAAGAGGCCAAGUACAAACAGUUCUUGGAAAUAUGAAGACAUAA